ACUAUGAAUUAAAGUCUUUUAGUAGCGACAACUGCAUGACUAGGCUUCGUUUAUACAGUGCGCGUGCUAGACAAAGUAAACACAUCCGUUGAGUGUGCGCGUGCGCGCGCGCUGGGACGCUGAGGGAGUUCGCGGGCUCGUGCACACCCUCUCCAUCCGUGUUAUUAAUAGAGUUGGUCUUAAUGACGGGAAUAGAUGCGUUUCGGUAGAAUUAAACUGCGGUUUAUAACGCAAAGUUUAACUUUAUGAUAUAAUCUGCGCGACUUGAGGGAACAUCGGAGGAGAUUGACGGAGAAUCAUCUGCGCGUUUCUAACGUAGUGAUGUCGUGAUGGCUCCGCCCCAAAGGAGGCGUUCCCUCGGCCCCGUCUCACCCAAACGCAUCUACAGGAGCCUGUCACUCAAACUGAGGGGUGGAGCUUCCCAUAGUGAGGCGGAGCCUUCUGAUUGGAAGAGGCGGCUGAGCAGAGGACCAGCUGAGUACUUGUGUCUGUGGGACGCACUGGAGAAUGAAGACACGCUCGCUGUCCAGCAUCUGUUAUCCAAAGAAAGAGCAACAGAUGGAAGGGUGAACAGCGUCAGUGAGUUCGGGCUGGUGCCGCUGGAUGUGGCCGCUCUUACCCAUAAUGCACCACUGCUGCAGGUGCUGGUAAAGGCUGGAGCCAAACAUAACCCCACCUUGAGCUCGGCCUCUGAUUGGUUGCUGAAGCUGGAUGAGCUGGUGUCAUUGGCCGAGCAGAAGCUGGAGGAAUGGAGGGCGGAGCUUCUGCAGAGAGCGAAGGCGGAGCUUCAGGCACAGACAGACGUGCAGAAGAACGUGGAUCUGUGGACGCAGCGAUGGGAACUUUAUCGUCGCAUGAGGGAUAGAUUUAACACAACUGCUCCGCCCGGGCCGCCCGCCGGCGCCGUCCUGCUGGUGACGGGCGACAACUGUCUCUGUGUGCACGUCACUGAACCCGCCGGUCAGACGCAUGGCCUCAUCACCCGAUACAGAGUUGAGUGGAGCUCUUCAUCGAGUUUUCAUCCUCUGUGUGGCACGGCAUUCAUCACUGACACCAGAAACCCAGAGUUCAGCAUCACGGGACUCCAGACUGGUGUGCAGUAUUACGUGCGGGUCAGUGCAUAUAACGUCAAAGGUUGGGGUUCGUUUGUGAGCAGCAGCCCGCCGUGUGCCGCCCCAUCCAUUCAGGCUAAAGCUGUUCUUUUGUUGUGGUGUGACGGUGAGACGCAGGAAUCCAGCCGCAGCCGUCAGGAAAAUCUCACAGACAGAUCAGAGAGCCGAUGUUCAACGGUACACAAACACACACAUAAAACACUGAAACAAAGUCGACAGACAAGUGUAAUGAUGGAUAAACAUAUGUGUUUCACGAGCUCUGUGAAGAGAGUGUCUAUGUCUCGUGGGCUAAAGCAGCUCUUUCACUCCAGCAGGUUCGUUCGUCUCUUACAGAGAGGUGUGUACCUGGCGUGUGUCUUCUAUCAGAAGGACUGUGUUCUGGUGACGCCUGAUGAUCAGCUCCCUCUGGUGGAGAUCCAGAGCUGCUCCACGUCCGUCACACAGGACUUCCUGUGGUUCUGUAAGCUGUCCUGUGCGUGGACACAGGUGCCGCGGCUGCUGCAGGUCCUGUCAUCUUCAUCACUUUCCUCGUCUUCAUCAUUGCUGCAGAACAGACUCUGUUUCCUGCGGGCCGUCGCACAGCUGCAGGCAUCGGUGGGAUGUGUGGAUCUGGGUCAGGUGUAUUUCAAGCCGCUGAAGGACCAGCAGGGGAACUUGCUGCUGGUGACCCUGAGAGAGGUCACAACCCCACUGACCCCAUCUGACCCCCCGCUGCACUGGCUUCCUGUCAGCAGCCUGGAGAAAAACCAGAGCGAGACGCCACUGCUGCCCGAGCCCUCGGCCGUAGAGCUGCUCACACACAGACUCAAGGAGAUGCUGUCGUAUCACAGGAGGAGUCAGCAGAGAGCUCAGCCUGGUCUGUAUGUGGGCAUCCUGAAGCUCUGCAGCUCCGUGGAUCAGCUCCGCAUCCUGGUCCCGCAGCGAUUACCCAACAUGCUGUGCCACUGCCGGGUCCGGAACCGGCCACACGUCUCACGGGAUGAGUGGGCGUGGCUACAGAAGCAUGCGGUGGGUGGAGCCUGUGGCGGUCAGGAGGGCGGGGAUGACACUGUGAUUGACAGCUCAGGUGUUGAGGAGUUUGUGAAGGCACUGAGAUCUGCAGUGACUCAACUGCUGACCAAACUCAACGUCCCACUGGAACGGGCGUGCGAGUACCGCAUCUACACGCAGGAGCUGCUGCAGGUCGGCGAUCAGGUGUCUGUGAUUCUCCUGCUCCCGUCCUGUGAGGAGUUCAGAUCCUGUCAGAGUCCAGCAGAGGGAACUCAGAACACCUUCAGCGUCCCACUGCACAUCUUUGAGCUCGUGCACCUGUGGGCGUACGAGCGUGAUCUGCUGUCUCAGUACUGUCAGCUGUGGCUCAGACUGGAGCUGGACGUCCGUCUUUCCCAGCAGGCUUUGAGAGAAGCGCUGGACACUGAAGAGCUGAAGGAGGCCACGGAGAGAGACACACACGUCACACAGCUGGCACAGAGUCUGUCUGCGCUGUGGCACGAGAGCCGAUGGCUGAUGGACGUCAUUCACACACUGCGCUCCAAACAGUCGGAGGGGGCGGUGCCUCUGGGGCGGGUCAUGACCUCACAACCACCAAUCAGAUCAGCCACUGAUGAGGACACGCCUCCUGCUUUACAGACAGCAGCACAGACACACACAGAGGUCACAGGGUCAGAGGUCACCGCACCUGUGGAGGUCACAGAGGUCACAGAUGAUGUCACGUGUCCAGAGACGCCCGCCUCACAACCCCGUUCUCAUGGAAACAGCAUCCGUCGUCAUGGAAACAGCCUCCGGCAGAUGUAUUCGUGUCCUGAACUCAGUGAUGUGGCUGCUUCACAUCCCAUAAUGCCUGUGGAUGAAGGUCAGGACCUGGUGACGGAGAUGAUGGACCUGUUCCAGAGCCUGGAUCUACUGGGAGGGAGUCUGACAGACCUGCAGGAGCUGGACUGGAGCGAUCCAGAACCGGAUCUGCAGAACCAGGACCAAGAUGACAGGACGGAAGCGGCGGAUGGUGCCGCAACCCGCAAAGGACAUCCAGUCAGGAGUCUGGUGGAGUGGGUCAAAUCAACCAUUUAAUUAAACCCAGUCUGGGCCAAGGCUCACCAUGGCAUUUCAAAAAUAAUAGAAAAUAAUAAUAAAAUAUUAUAAAAUGUAUUUUAAAAAAUAACAUUAUAAAUAAAAUAUAAAUAGUAUGUUUUAAAUAGAUUUAUAAUAUAUUUUAUGUUUUGUUUAUGAAAUAUUUUAUUUUGAUUAUUUUAUUUUAGAAUUAUUUAUUUUAGUUUUUAUUCAUUUUUAGUGCUUUGUUUUUAUGAUUUUAUUCAUUUUUAGUAACUGUUCUAUUUUAUUUGUUUUAUUUUUAUAUUUUAAAAUCUUUUUUUAGUUUUAAUUUUUGAUUUUAAAAUACAUGUAUAAAUAUAUAAAUAUUAUAAAUAUACUAUAAACUCUGCAGCGUCAUUUGACUGUAUUUACUGUACGAUUCAAUUGUAAAGAUAAAGAUGCAAGUCUGUUUGCACCUUAGGUUUUGUUAAAUAAAUAAAUAUACAUGU